AUGCACAGAACUUACUCGUUGAGAAACUCGCGGGCGCCCACUGCGGCGCAGAUCCAAAGCCCAGCGCCUCCUCCUUCGUCGACGAAAAACCGGUUUUUCGGGAAAGGCGGUUUGGCCAACUCGCUACGCAAAAACACCGCUGGUGCUUUCGGACCUGAGUUGUCGCGCAAGUUGUCGCAACUGGUCAAAAUCGAGAAAAACGUGCUGCGCUCGAUCGAGGUCGCUGCGAACGAAAGACGUGACGCCGCCCGCCAACUCUCGGUGUGGGGGCUGGAAAACGACGACGACGUGUCCGACAUCACCGACAAGCUGGGUGUGCUCAUCUACGAGAUGAGUGAGCUGGACGACCAGUUCAUCGACCGUUACGACCAGUACCGUCUCACCGUCAAGUCUAUCCGCGACAUCGAGGGCUCUGUCCAGCCUUCGCGCGACCGCAAGGCCAAGAUCACCGACAAAAUCGCCUACCUCAAGUACAAGGACCCAGCUUCCACCAAGAUCGAGAUUCUUGAGCAGGAGCUUGUGCGCGCCGAAGCCGAGUCUUUGGUCGCCGAAGCCCAGCUUUCAAACAUCACGCGUUCCAAGCUGCGUGCCGCCUUCAACUACCAGUUCGACUCCGUUGUCGAGCAUUCUGAGAAGCUCGCCCUCAUUGCCGGAUACGGUAAGGCCCUAUUGGAGCUAUUGGACGACUCUCCAGUGACUCCAGGUGAAACCCGUCCUGCCUACGAUGGUUACGAGGCUUCCAAGCAAAUUAUCAUUGACGCCGAGACCGCUCUUAACGAGUGGACUUUGGACUCUGCCCAAGUCAAGCCUAGCUUGUCUUUGAGACACGCCGACUACGACUACGAAGAUGAAGAAGAAGAAGAGCACGACGUUGAAGAGCCACAUCACACUGGUGAGCAACAAUGGGUUGACGAUGAACCUGUUCAUGCCACUGCUUAA